GCCACAUAUAGGAGGUUCCCAAGCACAAAUUAACUUAUUAUCCAUCGAAGCUUUGCUGGCCUUAAAUUAACUGUUGAGAUUCUCACUAUCUUGCUUUGUUGAUCAAACUUCUGCUGCAUGCACACAGAGAGCAUGCCAGAUAGAAAAGUUGCAGAGCACUGGAUUUACAAAAGGGAGGGGUUCAGAAAAGUAGACUUCCCAACACACUGCAGUUAUGGACCAGUAAUUGAAGAUGAGCCCUUCAAAUGGCAAGGUGUGAUCAUGGGGCCUUCAUAUUCUCCUUAUGAAGGAGGUGUCUUUUUUCUCUCCAUUGAUUUACCACAAGACUAUCCUACCAAACCUCCCACCAUCAAAUUUUUAACAAAGGUAUAUCAUCCAAACAUUGGUGAGGAUGGGACAAUUUACAUAGACAUUUUGGAAGAAGAUGAAUGGAACCCAGUCCAGACCAUUGAGAGCCUGCUGCUCUCCAUAUGCUCACUUCUUGCUGAUCCAAAUCCAAUGGACCCUCUCAAUCCAUGCUGCCUUCUCUUCCGAACAGACAAACAGAAAGCCAUUGAAAUAGCAAGGGACUGGACUAGGAAGUAUGCAAUGUCAGAUUAACUUCAAAUUAAUUUUGAAUGGCAUC